UCUCGUGCCUCCGUCGACGAUAAUAAUAAUAAUCAGCUGAACGCCGUCGUAGCUGUCAAAGUGAUCCCUCAUAUAUAUAUAUAUAUAUAUAUAUAUAUUCUGAAGAGAAAGAUGAGACGCAGGAAUAAUAUUUGUUCCUGUCAAAAACGAACGCCCAGGACUUCCUGCAGUGAAAACGGGACCAACGAUCCUCCAGGAUGGUGCGUUUACGCUGCCGUCGCCCUGGUCGCUGUUGGAUGCUACCUGAAUGCCCUUGGAAGUGAUUUCGUCCACGACGACAUACCGGCCGUCGUCAGGAACAAGGACGUCAUCGCCCAGAGUCCAGUGACCAAUAUACUCGAAGAUGACUUCUGGGGGACGCCUAUGCAGGACGUUAACAGCCACAAGAGCUACAGGCCUCUGACGACGUUCACCUUCCGGUGA